UCACGCACACUGCUGUCGACCUGGAAGUAAUUACUCGAGGGAUGAACGUGAGCAAGAUGGCGUACGACGAGGAGUAUCCGGAAUCAUUGCUGUAACAGACUUCAGCUGCUGACCGAUAAAGAAACCCUUCAACAAGAACCAACAUGAAUCUCCCGCACCCUGCACCCCAAAUACCACCUGUUCACCCUGACGUGCAGAUGAAAUCUCUGGCCUUCUAUGAUGUACUGGAUAUACUCAUCAAGCCCUCCAGUUUAGGAGCAAGUACUGCACAAAGAUACCAUCAAGAAAAGUAUUUUAUCUUUGCCUUGACGCCACAGCAAGUUCGAGAAGUAUGCAUAUCCAGGGAUUUUCUUCCUGGUGGCAGAAGGGACUAUAUGGUUCAAAUCCAAUUAAGGUUUUGCUUGUCAGAGACAAGUUGCCCACAAGAAGACAAUUAUCCAAACAAUCUCUGUAUAAAGGUCAAUGGAAAACUUUUUCCUUUACCAGGUUACACACCUCCCCCCAAAAAUGGCGUGGAACAAAAGAGACCAGGAAAACCCCUCAACAUUACCUCAUUGGUGCGACUGUCCUCGGCAGUACCCAAUCAGAUUUCAGUGACAUGGUCACCUGAAAUUGGAAAGACCUACUCCAUGUCUGUGUACCUAGUGAGGCAGCUAACAUCACCACUGCUGCUGCAGAGGCUGAAGAUGAAGGGCACCAGAAACCCAGACCACUCCAGAGCACUAAUAAAAGAGAAGCUCACUGCAGAUCCUGACAGCGAAGUUGCCACAACAAGCCUUCGAGUCUCCCUCAUGUGUCCGUUGGGUAAGAUGCGACUUACGGUUCCAUGCAGAGCGGUGACCUGCUCUCACCUUCAGUGCUUCGAUGCUGCCCUCUACUUACAGAUGAAUGAGAAAAAACCUACCUGGAUAUGUCCUGUCUGUGACAAGAAGGCUACAUAUGGAAGUCUCAUCAUUGAUGGUUUAUUCUUGGAGAUCCUGAAUGACUGUUCUGACGUGGAUGAAAUCAAGUUCCAGGAGGAUGGUACCUGGUGUCCAAUGAGACCAAAGAAAGAGUCGUUCAAGGUCUCAUCUCAGUUGAUUACAAAAAUUGAGUCUCCUUUGCGACAAUCUAUGCUGGUUCCACAUUCUGCUGAGCUUUGCCCAUCCAAGAAGGCAGAUGUUAUUGAUUUGACUCUGGAGAGUUCCUCCUCCGACGAUGAUGAAAAAGAGAGCACAGAUCCUCCUCUAAAGAAACACUGCGUGUACAUUGCAAAAAAUGAGGACAUGCAUGCAAAGAGACACAUGUCACCUGUUCAGACCUUGGACCCAUCAUAUCUGACCUCUACACUUGCUGAUUAUGCAGUCCCCUUCCACCCUUCAACCUUUACCACCAUCCCCAAAGAAAUGCAGGGCCUGGAUUUGUUUUCUUUAAUUCAAGCGGAUCCCCAGCAUUACAGGCCUGAGAUGUUCCUGGAAAACCUGACAAGUACCAUGCAGAGUGUCUCUUCUGCAAGCACGAGCGCUGCCCUGGUUUCAUCGUCCAGUAGCCGCUACGAAACCAACUCUAAAAAGGCUGGCUCCAUCCAUGAAUCCCGGGUUUCUGCAGGAGGAGGAAGCACUAGUCGAGGAGGAACUGACAACAAUAAAACUGAUAUUAUCUCACUAGACUGAGACUGGACUUUAGAUUCAAUGACUAUUUUCUAGGGUGAUUUUUGUUUUUUUUUAAUUCUAAACAAAAUGUACUGAAAAACAGUUACUUUGUUAGCCCUGAAAUUAUUUUUCUAUUUGUUUUUCUGCCUUAAAAACAAAACUUGUUCCGAAUUCUAUUUUCUGUCAAAAGUGACAAAUGGAUCAACACCCACAACUGGGGACGUGGAUAUUUUACCACUGUGUUUUAUUGUUCUCUUGAAAAUGUUACUUAAGACAGGACAUAUUUCUUUACUAGACAAAUAAAUGAAAUUAUUGAUUGUC